GUCACAAACACUGUCAUUUCGAGAUCUCGCGCGCCAAGCUUACUGUAUCUGGCCGGGAUUACCCGAAGUCGUGUUUUUGCUUCAAAUUUCAUCUAAACGUCAAUAAUAUCACACCAAAUAUGGACCCUCAGAAACUAGUUGAAAUUCUGCAGGGGACUAUACAUCCUGAAUUGAGAGAAACCGCUGAGAAACAACUUGAUGAAGUUCAUAAGAUCAUAGGCUUCACCCCCACACUGCUAUGUUCGGUGAUGGAGGAGAGUCAUCCGUUCCCGGUCCGUCAGGCUGGCGUCAUCUAUCUCAAGAACAUGGUGACGCAGUUCUGGCAGCAGAGGGAGAUGGAAACCCCCCUGGAACCAAUCCCGUUCAGCAUCCAUGAGAACGAUAAGAAUUUCAUCCGAGAUAACAUCAUCAAGGCUAUCAUCUCUCUUCCAGAGCUCCUCAGAGUUCAACUGUGUGUGUGUUUGAGCACGAUGCUGAAGCAGGAUUACCCAGGCAAGUGGGAUGGAGUGGUGGGAUCCAUUGUGCAAUACAUUAGCUCUGAUGACCCCUCUGUUUGGUUUGGAGGAUUCCUCGCUGUCUAUCAACUAGUAAAGAAUUAUGAAUUCAAGCAGCCUGAGGAUCGAGGCCCAUUGAAGGAAGCUAUGAAGUGUAUCUUACCAUGGAUGUCACAGAGGUGUGGACAGUGUCUGCCCGACGCUUCAGAACCCUCUGUACUCUUACAGAAACUCAUCCUCAAAAUCUUCUAUGCUCUUAUCCAGUACAAUCUACCACAAGAUCUUGUGAGCAGAGAGGUCUUCACUCAAUGGAUGGGGCUCAUCACCGCCAUCUUGGAACAGCCAAUACCACCAAGUUCAUUAGAGGUUGACAUAGAUGACAGACCAGAGUUGCCCUGGUGGAAAGCAAAGAAAUGGUCUCUUCAUAUUCUAUCAAGGGUCUUUGAAAGGUACGGCAGUCCAGGCAACGUGACCAAGGAGUAUGUCAAGUUUUCAGACUGGUAUCUUAAAUCAUUUUCAGUGAGUGUCUUGACCAAUGUACUGCGCAUACUGGAACAAUACCGUCAGAAGAACUACUUAGCUCCUCGUGUCAUGCAACUAGCACUCAACUAUCUCAAUACAGCUGUGAGUCAUGGUCUUUCAUGGAAGGUCAUCAAGCCUCAUAUCGAUACGAUGAUCCAAGAUGUGUUGUUUCCAUUGAUGUGUUAUACUGAUGAAGAUGAUGAGCUUUGGAGAGAUGACCCCUAUGAAUACAUCAGACUCAAGUUUGAUGUGUUUGAGGACUUCAUCUCACCGGUGACCGCUGCUCAAACCGUUCUUCACUCCAGCGCUAGUAAGAGGAAAGAGGUUCUCUCUAAGACGAUGGGCUUCUGUUUACAAGUCAUCACGGAACCAACCGUAGACCCCCGCAAGAAAGAUGGCGCUCUGCAUAUGAUCGGAACGCUGGCAGAGAUUCUCCUCAAGAAAAAGAUCUACAAGGAUCAGAUGGAACAGAUGUUGGUUUCUCACAUCUUCCCAGAAUUCCAGAGUCCACAUGGCUACAUGAGAGCAAGGGCGAACUGGGUGGUGCAUUCUUUCAGCGAGGUCAAGUACCGGUCAGAGCCUAACCUGAUCCAAGCCUUAGACUUGACCAGGCAGUGUCUGGUCCGAGACAGUGACAUGCCGGUCAGAGUAGAGUCUGCCUUCGCCCUUCAGAUGCUCAUCUCCAGCCACGACAAGGGGAAAGAACUCAUGCAACCUCACGUCAAAGAAGUGAUAGAAGCUCUUCUCGUCGUGAUCCGAGAAACCGAGAAUGAUGACCUGACCAACGUGAUGCAGAAGCUCAUCUGUACGUAUGGAGAUGAGAUCAUACCUAUAGCUGUCGAUAUCACAACACACUUAGCUGAUACCUUUUCAAACGUGAUAAACAGUGAUGAUGCAACCGAUGACAAGGCCAUCACAGCUAUGGGUAUCCUCAACACCAUAGAGACCAUUCUCAAUGUGGUAGAAGAUAAAGAAGAGAUUGUUCUUGAGCUUGAGAAGAAGAUUCUGCAGGUUGUUGGUGUUGUAUUGAGGAACCAUGUAAUAGGUGAGUACCAUUUCUAUGAAGAAGUGUUUUCAUUGAUCUUCAGUAUGACCUGUACCCACGUAUCCCCUCCCCUGUGGGAAGUCUUCUACUAUCUCUUUGAGACCUUUGCUGCUGAUGGAUUUGAUUUCUUUGUCGAAAUGAUGCCAGCUCUUCAUAAUUACGUCACAACCGACCCUACUGCCUUUGUUAGUCAACCAAAACAUCUUCAGAUCGUCUAUGAGAUGUGUAAAAAGGUGUUAACCGAAGAAACAGAUGAAGACGCUCAAAGCCACGCUGCCAAGCUUCUUGAAGUCGUUCUUAUCCAAUACAAAGGACAGAUAGAUGAUGUGGUUCCCCUCUUUGUGGAGUUGGCCUUAGCGAGACUAACGAGGGAGGUGAAGACGACGGAGCUGAGGCAGAUGUGUCUUCAGGUGGUGAUAUCAGCUCUAUACUACAACCCUCUCAAACUCCUAGAACUCUUAGAUAAAGUCACAAUACCCAACACUAAUGAGGCUGUCACUGUUCAGUUCAUCAAGCAAUGGCUCAAAGACACAGAUUGUUUCUUAGGGCUUCAUGAUCGUAAGAUGUGUGUCCUAGGGAUGUGUAUGCUGCUCUCAUUACCAAACAGACCGCCCGUUGUGACUGAGCUGGCUAACGAGUUCUUACCAUCACUACUUCUCCUCUUCAAGGGACUCAAGAGAGCGUAUGAAUGUCGGGCUAACGCUGAGGAAGAAGAUUCCGAUGAGGAGGAGGAUGAUAGCGACUUUGAGGAGGAUGAACUGGAGAGUGAUGAGGAUGAGAUCGAUGAAGAUGGAGCUGAAUAUCUGGAGAGAUUAGAGAAAGCGGCUGCUGAUAGAAACGAUGAUGAUGAUGAUGACGUAUACGAAGAGACCGCCUUAGAGGGAUACAACACUAUCCUAGAUGACGAUGAAGAUGCUGAUGAUGAAUACGUCGUCUUCAAGACCAUCAUGCAAGGUAUCCAGGCGAAUGAUAACACUUGGUACAACGCCCUCACCAAUCAGCUGACCUCUGAGCAGCAGCAGGAGCUCAAUGAUGUCGUCAUCUUAGCCGACCAGAGGAAAGCAGCAGCAGAAUCUAAGAAGAUUGAGCUGGCUGGAGGUUACAAGUUUGCCAACGCUACCGUACCAGCAUCUUUCAACUUUGGCAGUGGCGGGGGAAACAUUGGAUCAUGAGUGGCUGACUGACUGCAAGACUAACCAGUACACCUAGUCAAAUCCCAAAGACUCUUUAUAUGAUACGUGUGUCAGCGCUGGCCUCCAUCGAUGUCUCACUAUCAUCUCUUUUUAUAUCCCGACGGUUGUUAAUCUGUACCUUUGCCAGUCGGAAAUGAAGUUGACCCGAUGGCCUUUGCACUUCAUGGAGGCAGCAGGUUAGGGGGUCAAGGGCCAUCAUCGAUGCGGGAGUAUUGCUAAAAAAUGACGUCUGAUAUUGUCAGGUUGAUUUUUCGAACAAAGGUCACACUCGGGUUGACCUUCGGUCAAAGUCAAGGUCAAUCAGGGGUCAAAGGUCAGUGGCUUGUAAGGACAGAUCUCUAUAUAUAGGUUCAGCAUUUUUGUCUCCACAUACCAAGGUAUUUCUACACGGAUGAUGACGAGAUAAAGGAAGUGCAUUAUUGAAACAUUGGCUAACAUUUGAUGUGAUUAAUUAUUGUGCAGUUGUAUAAAGUUUGUAAAAACACGAUAUACAGUAGCUUCAUUCCUGUAUUUACUUUGCUCAUCCAUCGCUCAGUUUUCAUUGCCUAAUCUCUAGUUGAAAAUAGAAAAACUCACUAUGGGCUAACUGGCAAGUGCUUGUGUUUGAUGCAUCACAUGGAUGAAGAUUGUUGUCAUAUAAUUUGCUCAGGUCUCUAUGGCCUCACUAUAUAUUCAAUGAAGAUGAGAUUGGUAGACAGGGUUCUGGAACCAGUCUCUCUUUAUUUCCAUCAUUUGAAAGAUGCCGGGCCGGGUUGACUGAAUUUUGUGAAAUGCUUGUGAAUGGUUUGGGAACACACUGUGAAACAAGAAUUUUUUUGUGGCAUGAAACUGUCAUGAAUUUUUAAUGACAACAUUUUACAUUGCAUGAAAUUUCAGCGAAUUAACAAAAAAAAAACUAGUGUUAUGACGUGUAUCAUUUAUUUAUUUUAUGGCAUGAAACAUCCAAGAAUCUGGUCCAUUCUUGAAAUUCACAAACAAGUAUGGUUGAUGCACAGCACCCUGAUGCAAGGGCUAUUUUACACCUAAAACCUUUGAUUGCUCAUUAACUCUUUAUGGGCCAAGUGGCUUUGCUAUUUACGAGACUUUACCAAAACAUGAACAAUGCUUUCUGUUUGAUUGCCAACACCUCCUCAACCAUGACUUACAUACAAACCUGUCGUGUACAAAACUUGUAUCCGUUUUAUACAGCUUUCUGUCAGGUGCCCACUUUAGGUAUGCAAAAUGAAGAAAAAAGAGGAAUGUCUUUAAUCGAGUAUAAUGGAAAUAGAUACUCUUGAACAUUGAGUGUGCUGUGGUGAAGUAGAAGUUCCUAAGAGCUUUGUUCAUGCAUCAUAUUCACAUUCUGGUGAAAAGACUGUGUUAACACUGGACAAAGUUCUUGACUUAUAAUGCCUCAUCCACCAUCAAAGGCAUUAUUUCUGAACUAGUACUGCACUUAGUGCACAGUGGGGAAAAGACCAACACCAACAAUAAAAACCUAAAACAACAUUCAUUGUAUCUAUUUUUAAA